UUGCAGAAAAUAGAAGGAUGUACACUUUGUGAUCUAGGAACACGCAGUGUACUAAUUGAGGGGGUUUGACAAUCCUGACUAAGUUGGCUAGGAUUACUGUAGUAUUGUGACCAUACAGAGGGCUUGUACUGUAAAGAGCCUUCUUCCUGGUGAUCUAAAUGAUUCAUCGGAAAGUAUCUGUGAUGAUUUUAACCCUAGUGUCUAAUAGCUAAGGAUGUUAUCUCAGUGUGUUUUCUUGCUGAUUAAUUGUUAAUUUUCAUCCCCCUUUUCUUCUUAUCUAGCCAUGACAGAUACAACAACAUUUAUUGCCAGGAACAUUUCAGUAGCCAUAGAAAAUGUCACCACCGUUGUCCCGGUUACAACCACCACAGAAGCAACGACUCAGGUACAAACCACCACGAAGGCAGUGGCUGUCAACUCAUCUGUCAGUAAAGGAUCAGACAUUGGGAUGGUGGUUGGAGUAGUCAUAGGCAGCUUGCUGUUUGUCAUCUUAGCUUCACUCACAGCUCUGUUUCUGAGAGGUCGAUAUUUGAAGAAGAAGAAUAAACCACCCCCUAACCCUCUCCCUAACCCUGAGGAUAUUGACAAGAUAGCAUUAGAAGCCAGUAAAAAGAGCAAGAAAAAGAAGAAAAAGGAAAGACGCAAUUACGAGAAAGACCCGACCUCAACAGUUUCCAUAGAACCUGAGGCACCAUCUUGUCCUGCCUUCAUGGCCCCUGAUCCACCUUCAACCUCCUCAGUGGAUUAUGAAAAUGCUCCUUCUAAAAGAAAACAGUUAAAGAGUGAAACGGAGCUAGCGCCUCCCCCUAGUCAUAAUAUGAAGGAGCCUGGUUAUGUAAAUACACCCCGAAAAGGGAAUGCAUCUCAAAAAGUGGAGUUUACGGAUGACUUUUAUGUGGCCCCUAAACCCAACACAGCUAAACUGUAUUCCACUGGAGAAGGUUCUGAGUAUUAUAUUUGUGAUGAAAGGAAGAGUACGCCAAAUUCUAAAGUCUGGAAAGCCCCUCCCAGAAAUCCAUUAGAAGAUAGUGUAACAUCAACUUGUUCGGCCAUCGAUUAUGUGAACAUGUAUGGAAAGAAUAAAUAUCUUGAACUUGUACCAGAAUCUACACCAGUUGAGGAACCCCAAGAUUUUUAUGAACCAGUGGACUCUUAGGAAGAUUUUACUAAUUAAUUAAAUGGGACCUUAAUGGAUUAACCGGUGAAAGCAAAAGGAUUAAGAAGUGAUAUGAAAUAAUCAGAAUACAUAAGUGAGGAUGAUGAACUUAUAUCAUAUAAUGAAGCAGAUGAUCUGAUGAAUACCGGUACUUGGAUACUGUGGAUGAACAAAUAAAUUCAAAUGGUAUCAGCUACAAAACUCAGAAAUUCACACCAUGUAACGGUCGAAGCAGUGAAUUCAUAUUGCAUGUUAAUUGGUUUCAAUGAAAUGAUGAAUUUAUAGGAUGUGUGCAGUAAAUGAAGUGAUGUUUUUUUUUUACUUUGUGGAUGAGCCACUAAGUCAGUUUUUGGAUGUUUUUUUGAUUGAUAUACAUUAAUAUAAUUACAUGUAUGUGUUAUUUAAACCUUGUUUAUGGGAUGUGAAUUUUAGAUAAAUAACUGAAUCCACAGGUGGAAAUGUCACUGUGAAUAUGCAAGGCAUUUGUUUAAUCACUGACAGAUUUCAAAUGGCAAAUUUUGCAAUUAAAAAAUUGUUGCAUGGUAUUACACUGUGAAAAUGAACAUUUUUUCACCUUUCUAUGUCUUUUCAAAUCCAGAAAACCAUAACACAAAAAAUCGAAUCUUUAAUAACCUUGAAUUAUGAAUUGUAAUACCCAACUAUAGUAAAGAAUUCUAGAGUUUAUUUUUCUUCAGAUGUUAAUUUUUAAAAAAAUGAUUUU